GGAGAAGGUGGUGGUGGAGGUGGAGGAGGAGUCCAAAGGUGGUAGUAGUGGUGGUGUUGGUGGUGGUGGUGGAAGAAGCAGCAGAGGAGAAGCCGCGUACCGGACGCCAUCUCCGCGUUAUCGGCAAGCGGAUCCCCCGGGACACCCCCCCAAGCAGCUUCGACGUCGCGCACCCUCGCUGGGAAUUACCCCGAGACAGAAAUCACCCUGAUGGGAGUAUAUGAGGAGCGCGCCCCUCCUACCACCGGCAUGCACUGGCCGGCCAGCUCGCAGGAGCGCGGGAGCGGCUUGGCUGUGGGGCGUCAAGGGGGGCCCGGUAGUGCGGGGGGCCCCGGAGCAGUCGAGCAGGCAAGGGACCUCAGUCCCUGCCUCCCCGCGUCGAUGGGCGACGCUGCACGACCCACCACCUUACCGUGCAGUCCUCCCGCCGCCCACCACCACGGGUCCCAUCACACGCCCCAUCACACGUCCCAUCAGACGCCCUUACAUCAAACACAUUGCGGCACCAACAACAAUUGCUACGACGGACCGACCACCCCUUACGAUUCCAGGGACUACGAUUCGCCUGGAGGUGGAUCAGAGUACAGAAACAACGGUAGUUUCGAUAAUAAUCCGAGUGACUUGAGUAUGCCGCCACAAGGGACACAUCAUCACCAUCACCACCAUCAUCACUCGCAUUUACAUGGACAAACUCAUACGCAGGAACACCAAUCUUCCGAACAUUUGCAGACCAUUCCGAAACUCGAGCCACCGCCAACGCCCCCGGCACAAUCCGAGGAUGUUCCUGGAGUUGUUUGUGCAGGAUGCGGGCUCAGGAUAUCUGACAGAUAUUACCUUCAGGCGGUUGACAGGAGAUGGCAUGCUGCAUGUCUUCAAUGCUCUCAUUGUCGUCAAGGUCUCGAUAACGAAGUCACCUGUUUCUGUAGAAAUGGAAAUAUUUACUGCAAAAAGGAUUACUAUAGGAUGUUUGGAAGUUUGAAGAGGUGCGCGCGAUGCCAAGCUGCGAUUCUAUCCUCGGAAUUGGUGAUGCGAGCACGAGACUUGGUGUUCCACGUGCGUUGCUUUUCGUGCGCAGUGUGCACGGUCCUAUUGACAAAGGGCGAUCACUUUGGCAUGAGGGACGGCACGGUAUUGUGUCGAUUGCAUUACGAGAUAGGUGCUGAAUUACAUCCAGCACAAAGUCCACCGGUUCCUGUUUAUCCACCUGGUCCACAUUAUCCUGGCCAAUUUCCAUCACCCGAAUUUCUUCAUCAUCAUCACCAUCAUCAUCAUCAUCAUACGACGGUGGCCGCGGCUGCGGCAGCGGCAGCUGCGGUCGCUGGUCAUGGUCCACCUCAUCCUCACUCGAUGCACCCUCAACAUCCUCAUAGUCACAUCAGUCCGGUACCACUUCAACCCUCAACACCGUCCGUCCCUGAUGCUGGUUCACCUCCAAAAGUACCAUACUUCAACGGUGCAGCAGCAGCAACAGCAGUCGUACCACCACCCAGGCAGAAGGGACGACCAAGGAAAAGGAAGCCUAAGGAUCUCGAGGCUAUGACCGCCAGUCUCGACUUGAACGCCGACUACAUAGACAUGCCCUUCGGUAGAGGCGGUCCUGGGACUCCAGGCAUACCUGGCUCCAAUAGUAGAACAAAACGAAUGAGGACAAGUUUCAAGCAUCACCAGUUAAGGACGAUGAAGAGUUACUUCGCGAUCAAUCACAAUCCCGACGCGAAGGAUCUCAAGCAGCUUUCCCAGAAAACUGGCUUGCCAAAAAGGGUACUGCAGGUCUGGUUCCAAAAUGCCCGUGCCAAAUGGCGACGUAUGGUGUUGAAACAAGAAGGAAAAUCGGACAAGUGCGAUAGCGUCGUUGACGGAGGUUCAUUGGGUGAUCUAGAACUUUAUGGCAACAGCGGUGGAAGUGGUGGUCCACCUAUGAGUCCUCCCUUCAUGCUUGGUGGUCCACAUAGUCCAGCAUCUUUGGCAUCCUUGGAUUGCGCGUGAUCAUCAACAACAACAACAACCAUUUGAAUUUUCACGAGAAGACAAUUCGUAAAUGAAUU